AUGAACCCGGCAUAUAACCCCAACCCCAAAGAAACAUUUGUACUGAUAACAAGGGAUUCAGAUGACAGUUUAAUAUCAACUACACCAGAUAUUUCAGAAACUGAAUUCGAAGAUGGAGAGAACUUAUCUACCCCAGAUAUUUCAAUAAUCGAUGACGAAUACACUGAUAACGAACCCAUCGACGAAUUUGAGAAUGAGAACCAAAUACCAGCCGAUCUGAUGUUUCAAUUUCAAUUGCCAGAUAUGUCGACAACCAUCCCUCGAUUACCAAGCAAUCAAGAUGUUCCCUCAGCAAAGGAUGAUACAUUUGACAACUACUAUGAAAGUUACAGUGAAAAGUAUAUUGAGUUUAUGAACAACAACCCAACAACAUAUCACACUAUCAGUCAUUUCAAAUCAUUGCUUGAAAACAAUGGUUUCAUUUUUCUACCAGAUAACAAGCCAAUCUCAGAUUUAUCACCAGGGUUUUAUUUCACAUCUAAAGACGAUCAGUGUUUGGUUGCAUUUAUUAUUGGCGGCAAUUGGAAACCUGAAAAAGGUUCUUGUUUUGUUGGUAGUCAUUGUGAUGCCUUGAGUGUUAAAAUAAAUCCGCGAGGACUGUUACGAGAUAAUGUCAACGGAUACGAGUUGUUAGGAGUAGCACCUUAUUCAGGAAGCCUUAAUAAAUUAUGGUUGAGCAGAGACUUAGGCCUUGCUGGGUCUGUCUUGGUAAAAGACAACGAUACAGGAAAAAUAUCACGGAAAUUGAUUAAAUCUCAUCCUGAUCCGAUUGCAUUCAUCCCUCAGUUACCCGAAGUUUUCCCUGAGUCGCCAAAGGAAUACAAUACUCAGACCCAGAUGGUUCCUAUUUGUGGAUACACAACUGAAACUUUGGUCCCUACUGACGAGGAAAAGAGGAGUAAAUUCUACAAACGUCAUUCAUUAUCACUUUUGAGAUAUGUAUCAAAAUUGGCAGAAGUUCCACUUGCUUCUAUUGUUGACCUUGACCUAGACCUAGUAGACAUACAGACAAGUUGCCGAGGAGGUUUGGACAACGAAUUUAUUUAUCUGGGUAGUUUGGAUGAUAGAUUAUGUGCGUUUGAUUCAGUGUAUGGCUUGAUAGAGUAUAGUCAGAGGUUUUACUUGGACAAGGAUAUCAAAACAUUUGAUGGCUUGAAUGGUAUUUAUCUAGCCAAUCACGAAGAAAUAGGAAGUGGAAGUAGAACUGGGGCAAAAGGUGGGUUUCUAAUAGAUGUUUUAAAGUCAAUUGUGAGUGAUAAAUAUAAAACACAUACACCAGAAGCAGUCGCCAAUUUGACUACCAACACAAUCUUUUUGUCAUCAGAUGUAACACACGCAUUGAAUCCAAAUUUUAAAAAUGUGUACUUGGAAAACAAUUUCCCUGUCCCAAACACUGGUCCAUCUAUUAAGUUUGAUUCUAAUUUUCAUGUUUUGAGUGAUUCAAAAGGUAAUGAAUUUUUGACACGGAUAAUAGACGACUUGCCGGGGAUCAAACUUCAACAUUUUCACAUAAGAAACGACUCUCGUUCAGGUGGAACUAUUGGCCCAAUAAUGUCUGACAGCAGGAGAGGCAUUAAUGGAGCUAAAUUAAUCAUUGAUGUUGGGUUGCCAAUACUAAGUAUGCAUUCUAUUAGGAGUAUCGCUGGGUAUAAAGAUGUUGGUAUAGGUAUAAGAUUUUUCAAGGAAGUAUUUUCCAAAUGGCAGCUGACUAUUAAUACAAUAGAGAACGGGAAAUAA